GCGUAACGACCAUGAGUGCCUGCAGCGACGACGACGACGACGAGACGACGCUGAGCCAACUGCUUCGGCACUCGAGCGACGACGACGACGACGACAAUAAUGACGACGACAGUGACGACAACGACGAGAGUAGCGACGACGACGACGACGAUUCGAGCUCAAAUCUGAGCUCGUCGAGCUCGGAAGAGGAGCCUCCGGACAUUUUCACCCAAGUCGGGCGCGGCUUGACGGCAGCAGCACACGCUCUUGUGGGCACACGCGAAUCGCGCUUUGCGUCGCGCACCAACACGACGCUCAAGUGGAAGCAAGACGUGGCGUACGAGCAAGCUAAAACUAUGUAUGAAGCGGAGAAGACCGCCAAACGCCAAGCCGACGCCGCCGCAGACGCCAUACGUCGGCUCGACAUGAAGCGCGAGAAGAAGACCAAGCUCCAGCGCCGCGGCAACCGCAAAAUCGCCCGCAAGAUGGCGAAAAAGAUCGCUGCCUGCGAUCUCCAGCACCAAAAGCGCGAUGCCAAGAUGACCGUCGUGUCCGAGAUUCGCCUGCACCGGCUCAGCGCUCUCCACGCCGAAGCGACGCCGGUGUUGGCUACGACCGCGUCGGCACCGACGCUGCCCAUCACCGACUUUGUCAAAAGCAUCGCGAGCCGUCGGCUCCAAGAGGCCCGCGACGACAUGCUCGCAGCAUGUAUCGACGAGGCCGACGCCCUCGGACGCCACUGCGGCAUGCUGCCCGCGAUCCGAACACCGCCCCAUGUCGUGCCCAAGGAGCAGCUCGAAACCGCGACGUCUCUAAUUCUACGACUGGCGCCCCCCCCGGACCCGAAAGCCCCCCCAAAGCUCAAGACGCUGUUCACUGUCAACCUGAAGCGCUUUCGCCACGUCGAAGACUGCAAAGGUGAUCACAUUGGUGAAGCCGCGUGCAUCGAACUCGGCAAGUCGCUUCUCACGGGCGCCUGUCCGCGCCUUCUGGAGCUCAACUUGUCCUGGAACGACAUCAAGUUGCGGGGCGUCCUAUCGCUCGCCGAGGCCUUUAAGCAAGGCGCGUGCGGCCAGAUGACGCGGCUCGACUUGCGGGCCAACAGCCUCGACGCGACGGCCCUCAUACAUCUCUUUGAGGCGCUCUCGAAAGGCGGGCUUCCCAAGCUGCAACACCUUCUUUUUGCCGGCAACCUCGUCGGCGAUCGCGGCGGGAAGGCCGUCGCCCACGCCUUCUUGGCGGGGGCGCUUCAGCAUUUGGUCACGAUCGACCUCAAGUCGAAUGGCAUCAAGAACGACGGGUGUCGGGCGAUCUAUAAUGCGUGCACAGCCGACUGCUUUCGCCGCCUCGGGCCGUCGCUCGAGCUCAUCGAUCUCCGCCGCAACCAGAUCAACUACGUCACCGCCCAGUCCCUGACACCGUGUCCCAAACACAUCUCUUUCUAGUCCUAUGCGCGUUGUCUCUCAAAAGCACCAGAUGCGGGUCUCGCGAGGCAAGGAGGCGGGUGCGUUGACGC